AGCUCCACCAUGAGACCACAUAUAAUAACUAAUAACAACCGGACACUGUGUGGUCCUGUGGUGCAGCUCCACCAUGAGACACCAAAACUGUCCACGAAGUAGGCGACGCUGCGGAUAAACGUCAACAUCUGCGGGGAAUCGAACCUUUGACUGAUCACCACGACCAGGUGGCUGUUUCUUUUACAGACAAUUGAAAGUUAAGUGCCUCUGACAAGAUUUCCAAAGCAACUAUCAGAGGAGGAGUGUGACUGGGAGCUGCUCCUCGUUGUUUCCUGAUUCCAGUGCCAAGAGGCGUGGGACUACGCCUGCGCACCAUCAAGAGAGAACCAAAAUCAUGAACCAGCCUGGAGGAGACCCUGAUGAUCUGAACCCUCUCACCUCUCUGGAGACUUGGAGUGGCUGCGAUGUCGGUGGCUCCUGUGAUGACCUGGUUCACAACCAAGAGAACAACCAUGAUCACAUAUCAUCAAGUGACUCAGCGUCUUUAUGACAAGAUGGUUUCCUCUGAGUUAAAGUCCAUGACCAAACAUCAUUGAAUCCACAUUACAUCACUAAUCAAAGUUCGCCUCGUGAGCUCCAUAUAACGCCGCUCCGCAGUCAGACGUUCACAGCUGCAGAGUCAGAGGAGACGAGAUGAGUGCUGCUCAGAGUGAAAUACCCCUGGAGGGCAGACUGGGGGCGCUGCAGUGCCACUUCACCUGGGAUCUGGAGCCCGGCAGGAACAAACUUUUGAGAAUCAAGGACAAGAUGCAGGACCUCAGCAAAGAGGAAGAAUGCAAGUGGCUGGGACACAUUUACAACCUGCAGGGGUUCGUCCACUUCCAGCUGGGCUCCAUUGAAGAGGCCAGGAGUUUCUUCAGCAGAGCCGAGGAGGCCUUCAGGCAGAUGAGAGGAGCAGAGGAGGGUCCCUGGCUGGUGGUGACCUACGGGAACCAGGCCUGGCUGCACCAUCACCAGGGAGAACAAGCAGAGAGUCGGGCUUGUCUGUCAAAGAUCGACGGCCUGAUGACUGAAGAUCCAUCGCAGGACGAGCUGCACCCGGAGAUCUGCGCUGAAAAAGCCUGGACUCUGAUGAAGUUCAGCAAAGAACAGAAGCUUCUGGCAGCUGAUUACUUCCAGAGAGCCAUCCGAAUGCAGCCGGAUGUGGUGGAGUGGCAGACCAGCCACGUGAUAUUGUUAGUUAUCAUGUCCAAACACAGCGAAACAGGGUUCGAGGAAGACAUCAUGGAGAAGCUGACAAAAGCCAAGGAGCAGGAUCCAGAAAACCUGUUCCUCGCUGCCAUUUACCUCCAGCAACUCGCUAAGAAAGGACAAAUAGACCAAAGUGGAGCACGUGAGUUAGCCACAAUGGUUCUGAGAAACCAAGUCAGCAGCUACAGUGGAAUCAAACCUUUGCUGUGGUUUUACAGAACCUUUAUCUCCUCAGACGAGGCUGUGGCUUUGGCAGAAGAGGCUCUGAAGCUACAUCCAGAUGAACGUCAUCUGAAAAGAUGUGCUGCACUCUGCUACGGAUGGAAGAUCUGGGAGAAGGACAGUCGCCCAAGUCCAAGCCUGAUAGAGAAAGGGAUCCGUGCCCAUGAGGAGUUGAUUUCUCUUUAUCCUGAUUCCUCAUUUAUGAAGAGAAUGGACCUCGCAGGUAUUUACUCAAAGUCAGAGAAGACCAAGGCCAAAUCUGAGAAGAUCUACAAGGAGCUGCUCACAGAGGAUCUGGAACCUGCUGAACAACAAAUCUUCUUCAACAACUACGCAAAACAUCUGUACUUCAUUCAACAGCAGUCUAACAUGUCAAUCCAGUAUCACAUGAAGGCGGUGGAGAUACCAAUCAAGUCCGUCUUUAAAGAGAACAGCAUCAAGCAUCUGGAGAAGAUCAGAUACAGAAAGGGGAACCAAGAAGUCGACAGGUUUCUGUCCAGACUGAAAGAGUCUCAGAAAUAAAUCAACCGUAUAUCAUCCACACACAAUCUGAAUCUAUUUGCAUUCACCUAAUUCAGGGCAAAGUAAAUCCACGUAGAUUUAUAGAUUCAGCUGUGAACACUGAUGAUCACAUUUUAAUUCAGCUUGUAUUCGUACGGAGUCGGAUCACAUGUAGCUUGAGAAUGUUCUGGUGGCGGUGAAAAUAUAUACGUAUUAAAAAGUCUUCAAUAUAAUUUCUAUAUCUGUAGAAUACCUGUUCAAUUGUGUGGUUGUAAUAUUGAGGUUAAUAUUAGUGAUGCAUAUGUAACAGCAGGUUUCAGGUCUGAGAGAUUCAUACAUUAUUAUUAGAGGAAGACAACAUUGAAACAUAUUCUUCAAAAUCAUAUUAAGUGGAAACUGGCUGCAGUCAUCAUGUGUUGCUGAUGUGGAGCAAACGUUUGCUCGCUCCUUUAAGAAACAGCUUGUUUGUAAAGUUUAUUAAACAGAACACACUCUGUAUUAAACUUACUAAUAAAUGUUGAAAAUUGAAAUCUGUAAAGUGUAUUUCUUAAAUUGAAUUUUAAUUGUUAAGUUAAUACGUUGUUAGUAAAUUGUGUUUUUAUGCUUUAUUAUAUUCAUAAUAAAUGUUUUCUUUCA